GCUGGCAAGUGUUUGUCCCUUCGAUUAGACGCAAUUGACGAUGACCAGCUGGCAGAUUCAGACGUGCCAAUGACCGAGUCUGAUCAUGAGGAUGUGGACGAUGUGAAUGAGGAUCACGAGAACGGGGAUGGGAAUGACGGAGACGAAGCUUCCGAGGAGCACCAACAAACAACGCUUAGUGAGGCUGAGAUCAAACGCCGCGCAGACGUUGUCCGUCAGAUGUUGUCUGAGGAAUUGUCUUCCGGAGGUGGUCCUUUGGGUUCAUUGAACAGCCUCAAGGUCCACGGGUCCGAAUCGGAGUGGUCGAAAGCAAUUGUCGGACAUGGAUCGGAUUUGAGCUCCCUUCGAGUACAGUUAUCGGUUUCAGACUCCCGUCAAUUGCGUGAUGGUGGCAAUGGUCGUGGUCAAGCUGGUUUAGUCCCUUCCUAA